CUCCGCCUCCCGCUCGCAGCCUUCCCGCCAAACUCAUGCCCAAUCAGAACGCACCACAAACUGGGAGUCCCAUGUGAGCCAAUCAGAAGCGGGAUUCUAGACUCCGCCCCACCCCACGGGGCUCUGCACCAAUGGGCAUCGGCGGCGGCGGCGGCGUGGGGUACACGGCGACGUGCGGGGGCUCGUCUGAGGAGCGCGAGGCUUGGCGUCGGCAGUUGAGCGCAGCGGCGGCGAGAGCGGUUGCGGUCGGUGUAGCGGCGGCGGUUGAGCUCAGCAUGGUACGGAUGGACGGAGCGGGAGGGCGCGCGGGCCAGGAGGCCUGGGGGCCGUGCUCCUGGUAGCGGGGCUCAUACCGAGGACGCUGGAGAAGCCCCGUGUGGCUUCUGGUGUGAAUCACGCGCGACCCGAACAGAGGCUGAGAAAGAGAAACUGCGAAGGCAGAGGCGUAGUUGCCAAGAGCACCGACGUCCGAGGGCCUCGGCGGCCAGCGCGCCUUAGCAUGUGGGCCCAGGGCUCAGAGGAGGCAGGCAGUCCCAGGUCCAGCCCCCGGGGCGCGGACAGUGGGCAGUGCCGGGCUCCAGAGGUUGGGGGGCGCGUGCUCGGGAAGGAGGUCAUCUACCGAGAACCGGGGGCACAGGAUUCGGUCUGCGGGAGCUUUGGGAGAGGAAAUGGAGCCAGGGACAGGAAUGUCAUUACCCACACUUCAGGGCUCCGGGCGAGGACGGCGGUGCGCUUGCCUUUCUGCGGAGAAUGAUUUCCCCGAGCGAUUCCUUUCAUUGUUAGUCAGGUGGACAUGGCCUCUACUGACCACGGAGCUCCCCAGCCGCACUUUGUAAAUGAAGACAUUGGGUCACAGAGCUGACCCCGAACACACUGGGGCUGGGCAGGCAAGAGUAACAGAGGCAUGCUGUGAAAUACAGCCGUUGUGGAUUCAAAGCGAACACCGAGCGUGUGAAAACCGUGUGGCUGGGUGGAUUUCAAAAGCCUUCCAGGGCGCUGUUAGAGUCUCCCCUGGAAGAGUGAGCGCUCUGGCACUGGAGGAGGUCUUUCCAGAGCCCAUUGCUUCCCUCCGGAAUGAGGUGCAGGGACUGCUGACUCACGUUGAUCUCUGACAUGGUGCUUGUGUGACAGAAACAGGACUAAGCUCCUAGGACUGUAAGUUAGAAUCUACGGUGGGCGGCACUCCUCAGAUCUCACUUGAUCUCUAUAUAUUUGUUCGGAUGAUGUGUCUAAGAUCAGCCAGACGGUUAGGGAAUAUAGAGUUACAUUCCCAGCAGGAAAUAGAGAGUAUAUUCAAAAUACUUAAUAGGUACUGUGAGUGCAAUCUGUUAGAAGAUAGUACUUAUAAAGAUGGGGGCAGGGUUUGCGGAAACCACCAAAGGACAGCGCAGUGUCCCAGCACGUGGCGUUCUGGGAGCCAUUAAUCCUAGGCUGUAAGGAGUGAGCGGCAGCAGCGUGUACAAGGAGCUGAGUGGGUGGGUUCCUGACGACCGCUGAUUGCCCACAGUCUGAGCCCUUGAAAAGAACCUAAGGCAGCCGGGCAGAGAGGGAGUCAGGAGCAAACAGCCUGGCUGCACCUUCCUCUAAGCUCCAUCUCUUGCUGCUGACUGACACGGGCCAAAGCAACCAGAAGCUAGGGGGCACAGGUCAGCCUGGACACAGAGCUGGACAGAGAACAGAGGGGAGACCUAGAGGGGCAGGUGGAACCGUGACUUAGGUCCUGUCCACUUUUCCUUUCCCAGCUACAUUACAGCUUAUCCUUUGGUCAGGACACGCUGAAAUGGGUCUCUUCUUCAGAGAAGUACUGGGACCAGCCGUAACAUGGAGUUUGUUACUGACAUUAGAUGGGUUGGAAGUUUUAAAGUCACUGAAUUUACCUAUGAUAGCAAACACAUAGGCUUUGGGGCUAAUUCUGGCGCUAUCAGCUCAGGUGCUUUGGAGCAAGCCAGUUUUCACAGGGUUAAAGGGUCACAUAAGGCUCCUUGAAAACAAGGCUUCAGAAAGCCUGAGACACUCUGAGGCACUUAAAAACACUGAGUCAGGGCUGCGUGCCGCGCGGAGGGCACUGCCGGGUCCCCGGGCCUCACUCUGCUCUGCUUCCAGCGCGAGUGCAUCUCCAUCCACGUGGGGCAGGCGGGCGUCCAGAUCGGCAACGCCUGCUGGGAGCUGUACUGCCUGGAGCACGGCAUUCAGCCCGACGGCCAGAUGCCCAGCGACAAGACCAUCGGCGGCGGCGAUGACUCCUUCAACACGUUCUUCAGCGAGACCGGGGCCGGCAAGCACGUGCCCAGGGCCGUGUUCGUGGACCUGGAGCCCACCGUGGUCGACGAGGUGCGCACGGGGACCUACAGGCAGCUCUUCCACCCGGAGCAGCUGAUCACCGGGAAGGAAGACGCGGCCAACAACUACGCCCGUGGCCACUACACCAUCGGCAAGGAGAUCGUCGACCUGGUCCUGGACCGCAUCCGCAAACUGGCGGACCUGUGCACGGGCCUGCAGGGCUUCCUCAUCUUCCACAGCUUCGGGGGCGGCACCGGCUCGGGCUUCGCGUCGCUGCUCAUGGAGCGGCUCUCGGUGGACUACGGCAAGAAGUCCAAGCUGGAGUUCGCCAUCUACCCGGCGCCCCAGGUCUCCACGGCCGUGGUGGAGCCCUACAACUCCAUCCUGACCACGCACACGACCCUGGAGCACUCGGACUGCGCCUUCAUGGUGGACAACGAGGCCAUCUACGACAUCUGCCGGCGCAACCUGGACAUCGAGCGGCCCACGUACACCAACCUCAACCGGCUCAUCGGGCAGAUCGUGUCCUCCAUCACGGCCUCCCUGCGCUUCGACGGCGCCCUCAACGUGGACCUGACCGAGUUCCAGACCAACCUGGUGCCCUACCCCCGCAUCCACUUCCCCCUGGCCACGUACGCCCCGGUCAUCUCGGCCGAGAAGGCCUACCACGAGCAGCUGUCCGUGGCCGAGAUCACCAACGCCUGCUUCGAGCCGGCCAACCAGAUGGUCAAGUGUGACCCUCGCCACGGCAAGUACAUGGCCUGUUGCAUGCUGUACCGGGGGGACGUGGUCCCCAAGGACGUCAACGCGGCCAUCGCCACCAUCAAGACCAAGCGCACCAUCCAGUUCGUGGACUGGUGCCCGACCGGGUUCAAGGUGGGCAUCAACUACCAGCCCCCCACGGUGGUCCCGGGGGGAGACCUGGCCAAGGUGCAGCGGGCCGUGUGCAUGCUGAGCAACACCACGGCCAUCGCCGAGGCCUGGGCCCGCCUGGACCACAAGUUCGACCUCAUGUACGCCAAGCGCGCCUUCGUGCACUGGUACGUGGGGGAGGGCAUGGAGGAGGGCGAGUUCUCGGAGGCCCGGGAAGACCUGGCGGCGCUGGAGAAGGAUUACGAGGAGGUGGGCGUGGACUCGGUGGAGGCGGAGGCCGAGGAAGGGGAGGAGUACUGAGGGGGGGGCGCGGCCGCAGCCCCGCACCCGGUCCCCCCGACGGCCCCUUCGCAGAUGUUUCCCUAUUAAAGUUUUUGUGUUGAGCAUCA